UGUACGUGUGCAGUCUGGAAGUGCGGCCGGUCGGUCAAUUCUUGGAUUUAUUUAUUUAUUAAAAAAUAUUACCUUAGCCACUCAGUCGAAUUGUGUGUGUUUGUGAAAUUGAAAAGAGUUAAAAAGUUUAUGAAAACAAGUUGUGUGAGUAAAUGCUAAGCAAUAAAUAAAUGAAAAUACUAAUUGGAAAAAAAUUAAUAAAAAUAUCAAUUUACAAAGAAAUCGCGAAAAUUCAAGUGCAAAGAAAUUGGCCGGGAAAAGAGUGAAGCCAAAACGUCAAGUUUAUUGAAGUGUAAAACAAAUUGAAAGUUGAUAAAUUGAAGUGCUAUGCAAAGAAAUCAUUAUUUCUACACUUACCUAUGAAUACCUGUAAAUUCGUGUGAAAUCUUAAACGAAAAACCAUGUGAAAAGUAAAUUCUAAAAUACUUGAAAUAAAUGUGUUUUUAUAAAAGUAAAAAAAUAUAUACAUAUAAAACCGGUGCCUAAUCUAACCACAAAAUAUCAACCGCAAUACAAGACCACAAAACAUAAAAAAAUAAGUAAUUUUUUUAUUAUUUCAAAAUCAGUGAAAAAGUAAUAAAAACAAAUACAAAACAGUAAUCAAUUGAGCCAUAUUAUUAUGGGUUUCUCGUCGGCCCUGCAGGGCCGUGCCGCGCACGAGGCAUUAAUCGUGCGCCAAGAUGCCGAACUACGUUUAAUGGAGACCAUGAAACGUUCCAUACAAUUGAAAGCCAAAUGCGAUCGGGAAUAUGCGAUCGGUUUGGCUGCGGUUGCACAACAGGGUAUGAAAACCGAUCGCGCCGAUGAAAUGCAAGGCAGCCUCAUAACGAAAGCCUGGCGCUCCUAUAUGGAUGAAUUGGAUCAUCAAGCUAAACAAUUCAAAAGCAAUGCAGAACUACUUGAAGUUGUCUGCGAUAAGCUGACACAUUUAUCACAAGAUAAACGUAAAGCACGCAAAGCUUAUCAAGAGGAGCAUGCCAAGAUUGCAGCGCGCCUUAAUCAUCUCACAGACGAAGUCGUACGUAAGAAAGCCGAAUAUCAGAAACAUCUCGAGGGUUAUAAGGCACUGCGGACACGCUUUGAGGAACACUACAUAAAAUCCGGUCGUGGUGGUCGUAAAUUGGAUGAUGUACGCGAUAAAUACCAGAAAGCCUGCCGCAAACUGCAUCUCACCCACAACGAAUAUGUACUCUCCAUUACCGAAGCCGUCGAGGUGGAGAAAGAUUUCCGUACAGUAUUGCUACCCGGUCUGUUGGAGCAUCAACAAUCCGUGCAAGAGAGUUUCAUACUGCUGUGGAAGAAUAUACUGCAAGAGACAAGCCAGCAUGGCGAUCUCACAUCCGACAAAUUCAAGGAAAUACAAAAACGCAUCGACAAUGUGAUAAACAGCAUAAAUCCCAGUGAGGAAUAUCGGGAAUUCACCGAGAAACACAAAACCUCCCCCACCACACCUUUAGUAUUCCAGUUCGACGACGCACUCAUCGAGGAUAUACCCGGCAAAUUGCAAUCGAAUACGCUCACCGUUGAUAAUCUCACAGUCGAUUGGCUGCGCUCGCGUCUCAUAGACUUGGAGUUGUCCGUGAAGGAUUGCCAAGAGAAGCAGCUCAAGAUGAUCGAGCAUGCGAAUGGCGGUUCGCCGAUAGCGAAUGGCAGCAUAACACGCAAUGGCAGCACCGCCAGCAAUGGCAUACAGUCGCCCAAAGAUAGUCAGAACAGGCAAUCGAAGGACCUCAAUGCGUUGCGUUGUCAGGAGAAGCAAAAACAAAAGUUGGUGGACAUGAUAAAGUGCGCUUUGAAUGAGAUUGGCUGCGAAGAGUUGCCAUCUGGCUGUGAUGAUCAUUUGGAACAGAAUUUCAUAGAGAACAGUUUUAACAACGAUCAACAGAACUCAGCAACCUCGACCAAUUCCACAGGCGUAAGUAUUAUCAACGAGUUGCGGCGACGCGGUGGCGUACUCACACUGCUGCGCGGUAGACCGUUCAAGCGCAAGUCGACACCGCAACCGACCACGCCCACCGCGAAUCGUAUACGCACGCAACGCUUCAACAAGCUACAGCCGCGCUCCCAAAGUCUCGGAUCGCUGUCGGUAAAUACCAGUCCUGCGAAAUAUGAGCCCAUUACUAACCCCUUGCGCAUGGCUACCAGCCUCGAAGCUAACACUAGCUACGGUCUGCAUGACAUCGAUCCCGAUUCGGUGAUCAUGUUCGAUCGUGGCGCCGCUAAUGCCAAAAUGUUUCCCAAGUUACGACGCACGCAACUGUCCAUGUUGUGUCUGAAUGAGGAGGAGACGCCAACCGCUUUUGUUAUAUCCAUUGAUACUAACCCGAAUGAGCCAAUGUCAGAGUUACACGAUCACACGAACUACAACAAUAAUAAUAAUAUUAAUAUAUAUGCCGAUUUGUUAGGGGGUUGUGAAUCAUUGGGGGGUGACUGUGACAGUGUUCGAAGUGGUGAGUUAGCUUUGCGACGACAAGAGAAUGUGAAAAUCGAAAUAAAUCGCGAAGACACAGCCGUAAAGAAUUCAAUUGACGCGCAUUUGGAUAAAAUCGAUGAACUGAAUCGUACACUAGAUGAUCGCUUGAAACGUCAGUUGCCACAAACUACUACAACACGGCCACAAUUGAACUUAGACGCAAUCGAGUCGGCUGAUACCGCUGGCGUCACAACACGCACGAAAACCGCCGAAGAACAGGAGGCGCACUGCUCUUCGAAACGUUCGUCAAGCUCGAGUUCCGACUGUCGCACUUGUGCAACGCGCAAGGAGAAAGAUAGUGAUGCUGGUGUUGGUGGCAACUCAAAGAAACGCUCCGUCUCAUUCUCACAAAAGUCCAUUAAUGCCAUUAUGACCAAUCUCAAGGAGUUCACGAAGAAGAACGCAACGCCGAAAGUGCCGAAGACAACCAUUACAUUAGUGGAAUACAAAGAGACGAGCGAUCAGUUCGAGUUGAUCGAUCCGGAGCUCGGUAAGUCAACGCAGAGCAAUGGGCGCGCCAUUGACGGCGCUGAAAAAACUAACAGCGCUGCGGUGGAUAGCGGUGCUACACAAAUUACAAGCGAUACGGACACCAAACCAAAAAGUAACGGCAGCGUGACUAAGGAGAAAACGCCAUCUAACAAUAACAACAACCACAAUGAUAACAUCACAGACAAUACAACGAGUACCGCAACGCAAACGCCGGCGUCAAAUGCGCCAGUUGCUGAUGGCACAACGAAUCCGUCCAAAACCGAGCCAUUAGCCAUGACCGCAAAGCUACGCCUAAAAGUGCCAAAGAUACAGACGAAGUCCAAAGCGCUGCGUCAAACAUUCCGCGCCAAACUGCUAAAUUUCCAAAUUAAACGCGAUAAAAUAUGCAAACAAUGCACGAAGCGCCGACGCGUACAUCCGUCCAAGAAUAUGUUCGACUUCAGCAAAGACUUCGGUUUCAAGCGUGACGAAGUCAAUGCGGAGCACUGCGAUGCAGGUGGCGUUGAGGAGUUCUGCACAUGUCCGCCCGAGAAGUGUACGAACAAAAUCGCCUUCAUCGAGCCCGCAACACAUUUUGAUUCGACGAGCUCUGCCGAGGCCGAAGAUGAAGGCAGCGGUGGUGAGGAUCACCUCAGCUUGAAGGAGCACUGCUACAGCGUACCCAGCUUGGCGAUGAGUAUGUCACUGUCGACCAAUCGACCACUGUACGAAGAAGAAUGGUUCCAUGGCGUGCUGCCACGUGAAGAAGUCGUACGUUUGCUCAACAACGACGGUGAUUUCCUCGUGCGUGAGACCAUACGCAACGAAGAGAGUCAAAUUGUGUUGAGCGUUUGUUGGAAUGGUCACAAGCAUUUCAUUGUGCAAACCACUGUCGAUGGACAUUUCCGUUUCGAAGGUCCGCCAUUCCCCAGCAUUCAGGAACUCAUCAUGCAUCAGUAUCAAUCGGAGUUGCCGGUCACCGUGAAAUCGGGUGCCAUCUUGCGACGUGCCAUUUGCCGCGAACGCUGGGAGCUGAGUAAUGAUGAUGUCGUAUUGCUGGAGAAGAUCGGACGGGGUAACUUCGGUGAUGUCUAUAAAGCCAAGUUGAAGUCUACGAAACAGGAUGUCGCUGUGAAAACUUGCCGCAUGACGCUGCCCGAUGAACAAAAACGCAAGUUCCUGCAAGAGGGACGCAUACUCAAGCAGUACGAUCAUCCAAAUAUUGUCAAAUUAAUUGGUAUUUGUGUGCAGAAACAGCCGAUUAUGAUUGUCAUGGAACUCGUGCCAGGCGGCUCUUUACUAAAUUAUUUGCGCAAGAACUCAAAUUCAUUGACGACACGUCAGCAGAUGGGCAUGUGUCGCGACGCAGCGGCUGGUAUGCGCUAUUUGGAAUCUAAAAACUGUAUACAUCGUGAUCUCGCCGCUCGUAAUUGCUUGGUUGAUUUUGAAAACUCGGUGAAAAUCUCAGAUUUCGGAAUGUCACGUGAAGAAGAAGAGUAUAUUGUUUCCGAUGGCAUGAAGCAAAUCCCUGUCAAAUGGACAGCGCCGGAGGCAUUAAAUUUUGGCAAAUAUACCUCAUUGUGUGAUGUUUGGUCCUACGGUAUUUUAAUGUGGGAAAUUUUCUCUAAAGGUGAUACACCCUACUCGGGUAUGAGUAAUUCACGGGCACGAGAGAGAAUCGAUGCAGGCUAUCGCAUGCCGACACCUGAAAACACAGCGCCCGAAAUGUAUCGGCUCAUGUUGAAGUGCUGGUGCGCCGAAGCUGAAGCACGACCGCAUUUCGAUGAGAUCUACAACGUUGUCGAUGCACUGAUAAUACGAUUAGAUAAUAGUCAUUAGAAAGCAAAAAUUUAAAAUUAAUGCAAUAAAAGAAAAAACAAAAACAUAAAUCAUAUUUUCAUACUGCAUAUAUACAUAAACAUACAUAUAUAUUUAAAUAAAUUAAGGAAAAUAAGCAUACAGUUAAGGUGAUAUACAUACAUACAUUUAAUUAUAUAAAAAACUGCAUAAUACAAAAACAAAAAAAGGACGAAAUUAAGUAUAUGAAGCAGAGGAAUCAAAUUAUAUAUUUUCUAAGCAUGUAUUUUAAGAUUGUCUCCUACUCAUAUUUUGCAUACAGACAUAUACACACUGAUACUCGAUAUAAAAUGCACGUCAUUAACGGCAUAAUUGUAUGUAUGUAAUAUGGCGUAGCCGCUUUAGAAUACUCGAGCACUUAAUAAUUGCAAUGAUUAAGUGCAGUUGUGUAAAUAUUUUACUUGAAUUGCAUACAUAUUUACGCUUUUAUGUAUGUAGAUAAGUGUAUGCAAUUAAAUGUUCGCGCUUACAAUUCGCCGGCAAUUUUGUAAAUUUUAUUUUUUUAUUAUUCGAAAAUUUAUAGCGUUUUGUUAAAUUUUCGUUGCUGUAUUGUACCCUCGAUGUGCCAAAAACAAAAAAAAAAACGAGAAAUUUAAUUAAUGUAAACAAUACAUAAGCAUCGAUUUGCGAAGUGUUUUUAAUAUUAUUAUUAGUCUAGUACCUUAAGUUUAUUACACACAUAUAUAUAUACACACAGGUGUACUGAGCGGG